CUGCCGCGAGACGAUUAACCAAGAGAAAAACGACGACGUUUCCUCCGAUGCCAGCUGGAGAAUUCCGCCAGCCUUCGCCACCGCUGCCGCCGCCGGGGUCGGAGGAAGAGGAGGCGUGGGUGUGGACGCAGAUCAAAUCGGAGGCUCGUCGCGACGCCGAAGCCGAGCCGGCUCUGGCCAGCUACUUGUACUCGACGAUCCUAUCUCACUCCUCGUUGGAGCGUUCUCUCUCCUUCCACUUGGGGAACAAGCUAUGCUCGUCGACGCUGCUUUCCACGCUUCUCUAUGAUCUGUUCCUCAACAUUUUCUCCACCGACGCCGGCCUCCGCUCCGCCACCGUCGCCGACCUACGCGCCGCCCGUUUCCGUGACCCCGCCUGCGUUUCCUUCUCCCACUGCCUUCUCAAUUACAAAGGAUUCCUCGCUUGCCAGGCACACCGACUGGCUCACAAGCUGUGGACUCAAUCCCGUAGGCCGUUAGCACUGGCGCUCCAGUCUCGAAUCUCAGAUGUCUUUGCCGUAGAUAUCCACCCCGCCGCCAAGAUUGGAAAGGGCAUCCUCUUCGACCACGCCACCGGAGUUGUGGUCGGAGAGACAGCUGUCAUCGGAAACAACGUCUCCAUCCUCCAUCACGUAACCCUAGGCGGCACCGGCAAGUUUGGUGGGGACCGCCACCCCAAGAUCGGCGACGGUGUGUUGAUUGGUGCGGGGGCCACAAUACUGGGGAACGUGAAGAUCGGGGAGGGGGCCAAAAUUGGUGCGGGGUCCGUCGUGUUGAUUGACGUGCCACCUAGGACGACAGCUGUUGGUAAUCCGGCUAGGUUGGUGGGGGGGAAAGAGCAGCCCACGAAGCACGAGGAAGUUCCUGGAGAGUCGAUGGAUCAUACCUCGUUUAUGUCUGGAUGGUCGGAUUAUAUUAUAUGAAUAUGACACAGCAUAUCAAUAUAGAUGUGUAAAAGAUUAGUAAUAUGAUAGUACUUAUUGCAAUGUGUUCUUGUUUCUGUUCUUGUUACUGUUGCUGCAUUCGUGCUGUGAGUUAAUUUAUAACAGCUUCAAGUAUUGUGCUGCA